UUCCAUCAACUCCAAUGACCAGCACUAACCUAUGCCUUUCUCGCCUUCUUUCGCCAUCACUUCCUCUCUCCUUCGUCCUUGUCCCUGUCGUUUCUCUCUCUUGGCCAGCAUCGACGACGACUCCAUCCUGCACCUCCCAUCUCUGGCCCUUUUCUUCGCCUCUCCGUCCCACUCCAGCGAGCUGCUUUCUCCUCCCAAAAUAUAAUCCGAUCCACAUGAACAAUAAGCACCACCAUCAGCAAGCAAGCAAGCAGCAGGAUAAAUUAACUUAGGAGUACGUACGUGAGAGAGAAAUUAAAAGAAACCCCAAGCGCAGAGAGAGAGAGCGCGCGCGCGCGGCAGCUUCAGCCUUCAGCUAUAGCUGCCCUUUUCGUCUCUCCUCCCCACAUCCCAGAAACCAUUCUUUACUCCCCUCCAAGAAAACAAGCACCACACAAACCCUAAAGAAAUUCAGCGCACGCAGCAAGCGCGCCUCUCAUCCUCUCCUUCCUCGCCGUCUACUAUUUUCAUCAUCACCGCCACCACUUCCUCUCUCGCGCCGCCAAUUAUUAAUAUUAUCGAAAGAUGGCAGGCCUGGAUUUGGGCACAAGCUCCUACCUGCACCACCACCACCACCAGUCCCUGCACCUCCACCACGAAGACGGCGGCGGCCGCGCGGGGGGCUCUGACGAUGGCCAGGACUCGCUGUCGCCGGGAUCGGGCGGCGGCGGUGGUGCCCCGCCCAGCACCAUCGGCGGCGGCGGGGAGGUCGUCGGCCGCCGCCCGCGCGGCCGCCCGCCGGGCUCCAAGAACAAGCCCAAGCCGCCCGUGAUCAUCACCCGGGAGAGCGCCAACGCGCUCCGGGCGCACAUCCUCGAGGUCGCCGCCGGCUGCGACGUCUUCGAGGCGCUCACCGCAUACGCGCGCCGCAGGCAGCGCGGCGUCUGCGUGCUCUCGGCGGCCGGGACCGUCGCCAACGUCACGCUGCGCCAGCCGCAGUCGUCCCAGGCCGGCCCGGCCUCGCCGGCGGUCGCCACGCUCCACGGCAGGUUCGAGAUACUCUCCCUCGCCGGCUCCUUCCUCCCGCCCCCCGCGCCGCCGGGGGCCACCAGCCUCGCGGCCUUCCUGGCAGGGGGGCAGGGGCAGGUCGUCGGCGGUAGCGUGGCCGGCGCGCUCAUCGCCGCGGGCCCGGUCGUCGUCGUGGCCGCGUCGUUCAGCAACGUCGCCUACGAGAGGCUGCCGCUCGAGGACGGCGACGAGGUGGCCCCUCCGCCGCCUGCAGGGGCCGACCAGCAGCAGCCCGGUGGCGUGCCGUUUGACCCCGCGGCCGCGGCGGCCUCUGCCGGGCUUCCCUUCUUCAACCUGCCGUUGGGGAUGCCUCCAAUGCCGAUGGUCGGCCACGGCGGCUGGCCUGCUGGCUCCCCUGGCGGCGCCGGUGUCGGGAGGCCGCCCUUCUCUUGACGGAUCCCAUAGAUCUAUCGGCGAAGUGCACGCGCGCGAGGACGUGGACUACAGACUACUACGUGUACAACACCCAAGUAGCAUCUCUUUCUCUGCCUUCCGCUUCAUUCCCUUGCUUGUUCUCUCGCUCUUGUGCCAUUGCUGUGAUCUCUGUCUCUCUCAUGUUUUUUAUGUUAACCUGUAUGGGACUUGAUUGUGUUAAUUCUUGAUAAGUUGAGUGUCUCUGUUAAUUUGAACUAUGUUUUGUGAGGACAUGCAUUCAUAAAUUGAUCAAAAUUCGUUUUAGUUUA